AUGGAGGAGGAGAAGCACAAGUUCAUCAUCCCGAUCCACGAACGGCGUCAACCCGGGACCGUGACCAUCGACCCGAAUUCCGUACCGUCACAACCGCAACACCAACCAACAACACCACUACCAAACAAUGAGGCUCAAUCGCCCAUAGAUUCCUCCCCCAGGAUACAGCAAAUCGAGUCCUUCACUUCCUACCCGCCGGGCGCCCACCUCCGAGGGGACGACAUACCCGACGCCUCGCCGCCCUACCCAGAGUCGAGAAUCAGCUCCGAGGCGCCCGUUGUCACACCGGCGCCAGUGCCCGCACGAGGACAAAGCCACCACCACCGCGUCUCGGCGCCGGCUCUGGCGCCUGCCGACCCCGAACGGCAACAGGGCGGCACCUUGGCGGCAUGGAGGCAGAGGUUUGAUGGUAUCGGCGGGAGGGGGCCACAGCAGCACCCGAGGAAGACAAUCUUGGGUCUGACCGUGCUACGCUUCUGGGCCGCAGUCGCACUGGGAGUCAUCAUCGUCGGCGUCGCCAUCGCCGUGGGUCUGGCGUUGGGUUUGGCUAACCGCGUCCUCCUUUUUGCGAAAUUCAGCCCCUCCGACGAAAACGAACCAAAAACCGUAGUCCAACAGCUCGGCGUCCCUUCGCCCGCCCCGAUCAACCCGUACUGCCCGCUAGCUACUGCGGGCGUGAACACGACGGUAACACCCUACGACGCCUCUGGUUCCCCCAUCCGCUUUAACAACGACGAGGUCAUGUCUUUCGACGUCCUCUGCAACACGUACUACCCGAUGCGCCAGGGGAUCAACCCGUACCUCCGCGACAUCCUCGUCAUGACCGUCCCGGAUAUGCUCACCUGCAUGACGCUCUGCGCUCAGUACAACCAGGGCUACAGCGACGCCGUUGGCGACGACGUGUUCCUUGACGGCGGCGGCAUCUGCGUCGGCGUCGCGCUCGUCAAGGGCACGGCGCAGUUCUGUCACUUGCAGAACGCCACGGGGAUCAACCAGACCACCGCGUCUGGCGGGUUCGAUGUCGAUAGCGCCGUGCUUUCGGGCCAGUGGGCCAGCCUGACGAGCGUGGAACAGAUUCGAACCUUUGGCGGGAAUAUUGACGAUGUCAUUGGCGCCAACGCGACUACGACUACGACUGCAGCCGCAACGGCCACGACCGGUUGA